AAACUAUUAGAUAUAUUAAAAAUAUUGGAGAUGCAUGCCCACCAUCUUCUAAUUGAAAUGGGAGAACUUGCUUGAACACCAUUUUCAUCCAAGAUUAACUAGAAAGAUUUAUCAACCGAACAAAUGCGAGAUAAGGUGAAAAAUGGACAUAGAUAGACGUCAUCGAUUCAAGUAAAGAAGUGAUCAUACAAAGAUUUAUCAACUCAACAAACGCGAGAUAAGGUGAAAAGUGGACAUAGACGUCACCGAUCCAAGUAAAGAAGUGAUCAUAUAGACAGUUAUUAUUAUAAAAGACAAUAACAAUGGAAGAUGUAUCAGUGUUUAAAUAUGAAAAGGUCUCGCCAUUCUUCGCCUGUAUUUUGUGUGAUCGAACUCUAAGGAAUGCCGCCACAAUUUCUGAAUGCUUGGAUACUUUUUGCAGGGAAUGUAUAGAAAGGAAGAUAGUAGAUGAGAAUCUAAAUCAUUGUCCAAUAUGCAAUGUAGACUUGGGAUGUUCUCCAUUAGACAAACUAAGGACGGAUAAUAAUAAGAAGACAAUGAUUAGUAAAGUUCUCAUCUCUACAAAAGAAUAUUUUGAGACAGAUGAAAAUGUUGGUUCAACUCAAGUAGUAACCAAAAAGAGGAAGAACUCUCGAUCCUCUUCGCAGUCCAACGCGAAAAAGGCUAAAAAAGAUUCAAAGAAAAUUAAGAAAGAGGUAAAAAAAGGAAAGAAGAUUCUGCAAGAGCCAAGGCAGCUGCAGGAACAAGUUCUUAUCACUCCACAGGAACCAAAAACUCCUGCUUCUGAAAUCGCUGUUGCAGCAGGUGUUAAGAAAGACGCGAAACAGCAACGCGGAAUAGAAAUUUUGGAUGAAGUUUCUACAAUUCUAUCUGCUAGAAAAGCAAAAAAUGUGGCGAGGAAAAAGUUUAUCAGAACUGAAUUAGAUUCUACUUCUCAGCCUGACAAAGCCACAUCUGAUGGAAAGAAAGAAGAUAUCCGCCCUCGGCUUGAGACAUUCACCGAGACUCCGAAAAUCAGAUUUAAGCAGAGUUCUUCAAAACCAGAAUCAUCAAACCAGAACUCAGUGUUCAAGAAUGUUUCAAAGGACAGAGCUGAGUUAAGGAAAGAAAAAGCUGCUGCUGUUAGCAAGCCAUUGAAUUGGUUUGUGGAAACUACAAACGCGGACGAGUCUCUUAAUAACUCCACCCUGCAAGGAAAUGGCCUCAUUCCAAUGCUUGUGGACUCUAGUGACAACGACGACUCUCGUAGCGUGUCUAAGGUUGAUAUUAACAAGCACUGUAACUACCAAACAGAAGCAGGUGGCGAUCAAAACGAGUCUGUUCCAUCAAAAUCAAGUUCCUUGAAGUUUAAGAUUAAGAGGGUGGACACAAACCAAGAGAAAAGAGUGAGAUUUUCAGAGGACUUGAACCUUCCCGCACCACCUGAAACUGAAACCAAAAAAGAAUUUGGUCCUAUUUGGUUCUCCUUGAUCGCUUCUAACGAUCGAGAACUCGGUGCGCUGCCACAGAUAUCUUCUCAUUACUUAAGAGUCAAGGAUGGAAGUUUAACUGUUUCUUAUAUCAAAAAGUAUCUUGUGAAGAAGCUUGAUCUUGCUAGUGAAGCCGAGGUGGAGAUUUUAUUGGGAGGGAAGCCAGUUUAUUGUUCAAUGCAGGUGCAAAACUUGAUGGAGAUGUGGUUGGAAACAAUGUCAAAGAAAGAAAUGAUUCAGACAUCUGUUGGAAGUUCUGCUAAGGAUUUUGUUAUGGUUCUUUCUUAUGGUAGAAAGGCUUGAGAUGAGAUGAGGACUCAUACAUGAACUAUUUUUAGACUUCUUUGGAUUCAAUUUUUGAUAGGGAUAAAAGUGAUUUUGACAUGUUUGAAUGUUGGUUAGAAUUGGUUUUGGUUUCGGAAUUUAAUUUGGUUUAAAGAUAGAAUUUGAGCUUUUGACUCUAAAA